AUGGUACCAAACGACUGUAUCUUAAUAGUUGAUGCACCAGUAGGUAAUAUUAGGAUUGAAACAACCGAACAAAUAAAAAGAAACAUGCCGAGUAAACCAUCCGGAGGUUUUGGUAAUCUUCCUGCUCCUUUAAAUCCCGACCCUGUUCCUGAUGCUCCCGAAAUAGACCCUAAUGACCCUGAUAAUGUACCCGAUACCGGAGAUAGAGACCCACCUGACGUAGACCCAGGGGCAGGAGAGGUUGAAAGACCGGAGGAUUUUGAUUAA